GGUGCAAUCCGGUCCAGUAGGAAAAGUUUCGGUUAAGAAACUACAAUGUCCGGGAAUCUCGGAUACCCUUUGGUAAUUUUUAUAUGGCUGGUUAGUUUUUUGGCGAUGCCAUGUGCCUCAGAUAAUAGGCCAGCUGAUAAAGAUAUAUCUAAACUGUUUCCGCUCACGUUAAUUCACAUAAAUGAUUUACACGCGAGAUUCGAAGAGACCAAUAUGAAGUCGAACGCUUGCACCCAAAAGGAUCAAUGUAUAGCUGGAAUCGCGAGAGUGUAUCACAAAAUCAAGGAGUUGCUUCAGGAGUACAAAGACAGAAACGCGAUUUAUCUGAACGCAGGUGACAAUUUCCAGGGAACAUUGUGGUACAACCUGUUGAGAUGGGAAGUGACUGCCGAUUUUAUAACCAAAUUGAAACCGGUUGCCAUGACUCUAGGAAAUCACGAAUUUGAUCACACACCGAAAGGAUUGGCACCGUACCUGGCAGCGUUGGAUAAGGCAGGCAUACCAACCAUAGUUGCUAAUCUGGUCACGAAUGGCGAUCCUGAUUUGAAAAAUUCCAAAAUUCUCAAGUCACUCAAAAUGGAAAUUGGUGGAAAGAAGAUCGGCAUAAUAGGCGUUAUGUACGACAAAACUCAUGAAAUAGCUCAAACGGGUAAAGUUACCCUUUCGAAUGCUGUAGAAGCAGUUAGGCGAGAGGCCACUAGUUUGAAGAAAGAUGGGGUCGACAUAAUUGUAGUUCUGUCCCACUGCAGCUACGACGAGGAUAAGAAAAUUGCUGCAGAAGCCGGUGAAGAUAUUGAUGUUAUUGUUGGGGCACAUUCUCAUUCGUUCUUGUAUUCGCCGGAUUCGAAACAACCGUUUGACGCAAAAGAUAAAAUUGAAGGACCUUACCCAACCAUCGUGGAAAGCAAAAACAAACGAAAAAUUCCAAUUGUGCAAGCCAAAUCGUUUGGCAAAUAUGUUGGUCGCUUAACUUUGUAUUUCGACGACAAUGGUGAGGUCAAACACUGGGAGGGGUACCCGGUGUUCAUCGAUAAUAAAGUCAAACAAGAUCCACAAAUUUUGAAAAACUUGGAGCCGUGGCGUAAAAAGGUGGAAAAAAUUGGAUCCACCGUGGUAGGUGAAACAACCAUUGAAUUGGAUCGUGACACCUGUCGCGAUCGGGAGUGUACGCUUGGUGUAUUGUACGCCGAUGGUUUUGCGGACCACUAUACAAACAAUACCUUCAGACCAUUUGCGAUUAUCCAAGCUGGCAACUUUCGGAAUCCCAUUAAAGUUGGAAAAAUUACAAAUGGGGAUAUAAUCGAAGCGGCACCCUUCGGAUCCACAGCAGAUCUGAUCCGGUUGAAGGGCGCUGACCUUUGGGAUGUGGCCGAACAUUCAUUCGCACUGGACGAUGAAAACCGUACGAAUUGCUUGCAGGUAUCCGGACUAAGAAUUGUAAUUGAUCCCAGUAAGGCAGUUGGGAGUAGAGUGGUGAAAAUUGACGUUAAGGAUAAUAGCAAUCCAAAAUCAGGCGAAUUGAAACCCUUAGAUAAGGAAACCCAAUACUACAUCGCUGUGCCAUCAUAUCUAGCUGAUGGUAAGGAUGGGUUUUCUGCGAUGAAGAAAUCCACUGCGAGAUGGACUGGCCCUCUAGAUUCCGAUGUUUUUAAAAAUUAUGUGGAGAAAAUUAAAAAAGUGGUAAAGUUGGAUUUAGGUAGAGUGAUAUUGUGCAAACAGGGAUCAAAAUGCAAUUCAUGAAUAAAUAAACUUGAUGUAAAACUUUGAAA